AUGACAAUCCCGUGUGCUACAGAGGAGACGCCCCUCUACGGAGAUUCCAAUGAAACUCUUACGUCCUUCAGUGAAGCGGGGUCAAAGGCCCGUCUAGCUCAAGCCGAACAUCCUGAAGAAGAUGGGCGUCUUUUGGUUGAGCAAUUUGACACUGCGGUUUCGAAGACGGGUGGUGCAGACGUGGCGGGUGGUACAGACGUGGCGGGUGGUACAGACGUGGCGGGCGAGUUGAAGUACAUUGGGUGGCAUCGGAGCACGUUUACGGGAGCGUUAUUGUUUAACUUGGGUGCGUUUCUGUUGCCUGCUUUGUACUCGACGUUGUCAAAGCUCUGGGUAGCGGACAUUGACUCAUCGAUGGUGGUGACAACGGAUGUAUACACGUAUAUCAACACGGUCGCGGAGGUAAUAAACGAGGGCCUGCCCCGUGCGUCGUGGAUGAUCAUUGGCGACCAGGUUUCGCGGAGUGUGCGCGAACGGCUCGGACUGACCUACACGCUUAUCUGGUUUCAGGCGGUCUUGGGAUUGAUUAUGAGCGUUUGCUUCCUGUGUGGUGCCAGCAAUUUUGCAAACGGGUUUGUGCCGCCAAACGUCCGGGCCGCCAGUCUGACCUACGUCCGCAUCAGUGCCCUCUCUGGUCUCAGUGGUGCGAUCGAGACCGCCGUCGGCUCCGCUACCCGCGCACUCGACAAACCAGAUGUGCCGCUACUCAUCAGCACCGUCAAGUUCGCAGUCAACAUCCUCCUCGACCUCCUCAUCAUAUCCAAGUUCCAUGUGGGAACACACACACCGACCGUGAACACACAGGCAUCCAUUCAACUGUGCUGCAACAUGACCAGCGCCUUUACCGGCUUGUUCUACUUCAUGUGGGCCAACAAGGGCUGGGCUAACAAGGAUUGGGCUAACAAGGACUGGGCCAACCAGGGCAGCAGCCGGUCUGUCGAGAAAGAGCAUCACCACAGGGUUUCCGUUGACGAGGACAUGACAUCGCACUUGAAGACGGCAUCCUCAAUUUUCUGGCCGCAGUGGUCGCGACUUAGAGUUUUGUUGAAGCCGGGAGCUUUAACUUUCACCGAGUCUGCUGUCCGAAAUGCGCUGUAUCUUUGGCAGGUGCACAAGAUGGUAGCACUGGGACCUACGUACGCCACGGCCUGGGGUGUCUUCAUGACUAUCCGAUGGGGACUCGUGAUGGUUCCCGUACAGGCGCUGGAAGCGACUUCACUGACCUUUAUUGGGCACAACUGGGCGGUCUGGAAACGCUAUAAGACAUCAGCUACGGAUGAGGUGUCAGCUAAGGAUGAGACAUCAGCUACGGAUGAGGUGCCAGCUAAGGAUGAGACGGCGGCUGUUAUUCGGGUGCCUUACCGGGAGUUGCUCGAGUUCAUCCGUCCGGCAUUGUGGUCCGUAGCUAUCGCGCUAGUUGUGGAAAUACCCAUGGCUAUUGUUCUUGGGCGUUGUGGAACAAAGCAGUUCGCCAAGUACUUGAGUGGCUCGGACGAAGUCGCCUACGUCACCGCUUACAUGUGGUCCGAUAUUGAUUGGUGCUACGUGUUCUACGCUGUGUCCACGCCCCUUGCCACCAUACUGCUCGCUGCCAGUCCCACGUGGUAUCUUGUGCAGUCCCUUAUCAGCAACUUGCUCUACGUGCUGCCCUGGACCAUAGUAUGUGCGGCUAAACAUCUCGGCACCGACAAUGCCUGGACUUAUUACAAGUUCAUCUUCGGCGGGAGUCUAGUCUUCAGCUUCGGCGAUAUCCUAGUAGUCGAUCUUAUUUGGCUUUAUAGGUUACGACGAAAAGGAAGACAAAUUAUUUGGUAA